GCUUGGCAGGCUAAGCUGAGGAGUCUGACAUGUCUGCAACGAAGGGAAAGAGCUGCGACCAGCAGCCGAAGCCCGAGCCCGGACCACAGAUGAAUCCCUACGCGGGCACCCUGAAGCGCCUCCAGGACGCCUUCUACUCUGGGAUAACCCGUCCAAUAAAAUUCCGAAUUAGUCAGCUACGGGGCUUGAGCCGCUUCCUGAAGGAAAAUCGAAACUUACUGCUGGAUACCCUGGCCCGGGAUCUAAACAAGCCCAGUUUUGAAGCUGAGAUUUCUGAGAUUGUCUUAUGCGAAGAGGAAAUCCAGCUCGCCCUGAACAAUCUCCACAAGUGGGUGAAGGAUGAGCCAGUGGAGAAGAAUCUGGUCACCCAGCUGGACUCGGCCUUCAUCAGGAAGGAGCCCUACGGCGUGGCCCUCAUCAUCGCCCCCUGGAAUUACCCUUUGAAUCUCUUGCUGGUACCUUUGGUGGGGGCCAUCGCUGCAGGUAACUAUGUGGUUCUGAAGCCCUUGGAAAUCAGCAAGAGCAUGGAGCGGGUCAUGGCUGAGGUGCUGCCCCGCUAUCUGGACCAGAACUGCUUCACCAUGGUGCUGGGAGGUCCCCGGGAGGCCACACUUCUGCUCAAGAACAAAUUUGAUUACAUCUUCUUCACAGGUGAGCAGCCCCCCCGCCGUGGGUGGAUCGUCAUGGCCGCAGCCUCCCAGCACCUGACCCCCAUCACCCUGGAGCUGGGGGGCAAGAACCCCUGCUAUGUGGACGACAACUGCGACCUCCAGAAUGUGGCCAACCGCGUGGCCUGGUUCCGCUUCUUCAACGCGGGCCAGACGUGCGUGGCCCCGGACUACGUGCUGUGCAGCCCGGAGAUGCGUGAGAAGCUGCUGCCCGCCCUGCAGCACGCGGUGACCCAGUUCUAUGGGAAGGACCCCCAGAGCUCCCCGGACCUGGCCCGCAUCAUCAGCCCCAAGCACUUCCUCAGGGCCCGGGGCCUGUUGGGCAGCGGCCGUGUGGCCUUCGGUGGCCAGUCGGACGAGCAGGAACGCUACAUCGCCCCCACGGUGCUGGUGGAUGUGAAGGAGACGGACCCGGUGAUGCAGGAAGAGAUCUUUGGGCCCAUUUUGCCCAUCCUGACCGUGAGUGGGGUGGAGGAGGCGAUCGCCUUCAUCAGGAAGAGGGAGAAGCCCCUGGCUCUGUUCGCCUUCUCCAAUGACUGGAAGGUGGUGAAUAAAGUCCUGGACCAGACCAGCAGCGGCACCUUCGCGGGGAACGACGGCUUCACGUUUAUGACAAUCAUAUCCAUGCCUUUUGGGGGCGUCGGUCACAGCGGGAUGGGCAAAUAUCAUGGCAAGUUCACCUUUGACACCUUCUCCCACGGGCGAGGUUGCGUCCUUCAGAGCCCACAUUUGGAGUUCAUCAACAAGUUGCGCUACCCGCCCUAUUCCCAGGGCCGACAGAGGCUGCUGGUGUGGCUUUUGAAGCACAAAUUGAGCCUCCCUUGUUCCAUCCUAUGAACCGCCUCCAUCAUCCUGGAUCUUCCCGUACUUGUAGGCUUGGGAGGGGAGGACCAGAUCUCCUCUCUUGUGUUGGGUGUUCUAUUCCCUGUCUCUCACAACCUCAGAUACCCUGCCUGAGCCCCAUCAUGGUAAUCUCCUUGGCCCUAGACCUUCCCCGAUUAGAGAAGAAAGGGUGUUUUUAUAUAAAAGUUGCUAUUAGCACACUUACAAAUAAGAUUGUAAGAUCGCAGGUCCAGCUCUGAAAAAGAACUUGGAGGACAGAAGUCCAACUUUUUAUGGAUGAAGAAGCAGUCUUAGAAGAGCUAAGGGAUGCCCCAAGAUCACUUUAGUAGUAAAUGACAGAAACCAAAUUCAAAUUGGGAUCCUGGGCUUCCUCUCAUUGCACCACACUAAUACAAUGUCAAUACCCAAUGUCAUCCAUCACAUCCCCUUCAGGAAAGCAUAUUUUCAGGGUUGUAGGUCAUCUCUCUGUAAUGUCCAGACUAGCUUUCUUGAGGAUCUCUCUGGAGUCUGAAGUCUGAGAUUGAGCUUGAGCUCACUCUCACUUGAGUCUCUGCAGUCAGGCUGCAAGAAAUAAGCCUGCUUAUUUCAAGUCUUCUCAGUCCUUAUAUAUCUUCGUACAAUUACAUCACUACAGCACACUGAGUGUGUAUCUAUUGUAGAUCAUUACAUUACCAUACUAAGUAUAUGUAAACUAGAGAACCAUCAUCUCAUUAAUCACACUGA